AUGCACCUCAAGUCCGCCUCUUCCGUCCGCGACCCCGCUGCCCGCGCCCCUCCCUUUGGCUCCAGGUCCGUCCCCCCCGUCUCUCUCUCUCUCUCUCUCUGUCGCCGGCACCCACCGCCCGCCCGCAGGCUGCUCACCGACGACGCCGACGUCUGGUCCCAGAAUGCGUGGGACCACGUCCCGCCCCCCGACGACCAGGACCACCUCGUCGCCGCCUCCCUCGCCCGCCAGCGCGCCGCACCCGUCCCCGACCACGACCAGCAGAAGUACAACGCCACCCCCGCCCGCCACUGGGACAACUUCUACCAGAUGAACGCCGCCAACUUCUUCAAGAACCGCAAGUGGCUCCCCCUCGAGUUCCCAGAGCUCGUCGCCGCCGCCCAGCCCUCCGCCGGCCCCCAAACCGUCGUCGAGAUCGGAUGCGGCGCAGGCAACUCCAUCUUCCCCCUCCUCGCCCAAAACACGAACCCCCACCUCUCCAUCCACGCCUACGACUACUCCUCCCACGCCGUCAAGCUCGUCCAGAACAACCCGCUCUACGCCGCCCCGCCCUGCGGCUCCAUCCACGCCGCAGUCUGGGACCUCGCAUCCUCCCCCGCCGCAGACGGCGACGGCGACGGCGGCGACAGCGACAGCGCCCUGCCCCCCGGCCUCGCACCCGCCAGCGCCGACCUCCUCGUCCUCGUCUUCGUCCUCAGCGCCCUCCACCCCCACGAGUGGCCCCGCGCCCUCGCCAACAUCCACCAGGCGCGUCCCCUGCGCAUCCUCAAGCCCGGCGGCCGCGUCCUCCUCCGCGACUACGGCCGCCACGACCUCACCCAGCUCCGCUUCCGCGCCGGCCGCCUCCUCGCGGACAACUUCUACAUCCGCGGCGACAAGACCCGCGUCUACUUCUUCGAGCUCGACGAGCUCGCGCUGCUGUUCACGGGCGCGCGCGCGCCGGCGCAGACUACGACCGCCGAGCACGUCGUCGAGGAUGACAGCGCGGACGCGGACGCGGGCGAGGGCGAGGGCGGGGGCGAGGGCGAGGGCGAGGGCGAGGGCGCCGCCGCGUCCGCCUCGCACACCCCCGACCCCGACCCCGACCCCAGCGCUAGCGCCAGCGCCAGCGCCACCCCCGAGCCCUCCUCCUCCACCCUCCACCCCGCGCCCGCCCCCGCGCCCGCCCCCGCGAUCCACCCCUCCCUCCUCCCCGCGCCGCUCCGCCUCCCGCACUGCCCGCCCCACCCGCUCUUCGCCGCCGCCCAGCUCGGCGUCGACCGCCGCCUCCUCCUCAACCGCAAGCGCCAGCUCAAGAUGUACCGCGUCUGGAUGCAGGCCCAGUUCGUCAAGCUCUAGGAUCGCACGCGCGGUGCCGGGGCGCGGUGCCGCGGAGCAGCGUGUGUAGGCACGGGGGGUGGGCCGUGCAGGGGGGGGGGCGAGGUUGGGCGAGAGCAGGGGAGGCUGUCUCGUACGGACGGCGUCGGCGUCGGCGUCGUGCAGGUGUAGCUUAUCACUCCCGACUGUAGCCUUUAACCACCCUUCCCCUCGUCUCACAAAAACAACGCCGCAUCCGGUGUUUUAUUGUGUCUCUUUC